CUGCACCAGAAACCCACGAACGAAAUCACGGUGUCAUCGAGAAGUUCCACUGAAGAGCCAUGGCGUUUAGCGGUUAUUUCGAAUUCACUGAUGGGAAACCUCCUCACAGAGUCCUCUCUCCACCGACGGAAUUACUUGAAUCCUGCCAGGAAUCACAGUUAAACGAACCGAUAGCACCUAGGGGAAAGAACUAUAAAACGCUACAAGAUAGAGGCGAGAACAGUAAGUAAUUAUUUUUUGUUUAUCGUGCUUAACCAAGCAUGCGAUGUAGAGUAGCGGUGAUAUUGUUUAUAUUAAUAUUUUAACCUCGGCAAGGGGUAUAAACCACUCUUUGGUUGUUAAAAGCGAUGGUCACGAAUGGUUAUUCAUUUUUUGUGUGUGUGCUGUCCAAGAAUGCCUUCAUUUUGAAAGACUACAAAGUGUUGGUUGUGAAAAAACGCAAUAACGCGGACAAAAUUAAGUUAAGCGGCACAAAGUUGGCCUCGGAUAGGGAAUAUUAAAAUGAAUUACAAAUUUUAAAAAACCUCUAACUGUUCCUUUUCCAGGUAAAUGAGCGGCCCAAACGUAAAUUAGGCGAAUCAACUUUGUCCAAAAUUUACGUUUAAUUUAAGGCCUGUUCCAAACGUCGUGCUACUGCCGUGCCGAACUCAAAUGAAAUAGUAAUUUCGAUUUAAGCACGGCAGUAGCACGCCGUUUGAAACCAUUAAGCGCGGCACGGCUGAAUUAGGUUCGGCACGACUACUUAGCGCGGCAGGCCUUGCCGUGCCGCACGGCAGUAGCACGACUUGGUUUCAAACGUUGUGCUACUGUCGCGCCGAACUCAAUUCAUAAAUUAAUUUAACGGAUUUUGCAUUAUUUGCAUACUAUUACGCAUGCGCACUAAUAAAAAAAGGACAAAUCUACCCGUUUUGCCCGAAAGCUUGAGAGAAGAGGAAUCCGACGGUGACAAUAAAUUGCUUAGGGUUAGGGUUAGGGUUUGGAAACGCCGGCACGAUCGUAAUACAGUAACUUGCUGGCUCUCGUCAAGGGAAACCAGAAGAAGAAUAAAUGAAAAAACUUUCAAAAGUAAUCCUCUCCUUGCAAUAACAGUAUUCAAUAUGGACUGUUGCAUUCGCCUGCGUUGCCUUCUGGCAUUUAAAAUUUUCUUAAACAAAUUUGGAUGGGGCGAUACCGCUGGAUGGAUGGUUUGUUUUGUCUUUUGAAUUUGGCGCGACUGCAUUAGGUUCGACGUUUGAAACCGCUGCCGUGCUAUCGUCGUGCCACUGCCGAGCCAAAUUCAUUUGAGUUCGGCACGGCAGUAGCACGACGUUUGGAACAGGCCUAAGUCUCUACUUGGAUUUAAGUGUUACAGUAGUAGGAAAAGUAAUAGCUAGCACUGAAGAGGCUGUUUAAACAGAUUUGAUACUAAGAACUGAGCAUUACCGCUAAAUUUGUGAAAGCGAGUCCGGUGCGAGACUGGAGACUGCGGAGCGCGGAAAGCUUACAAAUGGCAGGGAAAAUGGAGACUACGGACCAGUCAUAAUUUCUCGCCUGGAAGAGUGAGACGAACCGCGAUCUCAGACCCUUACAUUGCACUUCGAUUUUGAAUGAGCUUUACCCCAUUCCAUCUGUCUCCCUCUAAAAUGAUCCUUGUAGGUAGGCUAUGCAUGCUGGGAAACACCCGACUUGCUCAGGGUCUUUUAUGUUCUAUAUUUUUCAGUUUUAUCUUUAUAAAUAAACAAAAAAAAAUCUAUGUUAGCGCAUCAAAUGGUAUGUUACUCGCACCAAUCAGAUCGCAGUAUUAUGGGGAUUAUCUCGCACCAAUCAAAUUACCGCAUUAGGGGAUGAGUCUCGCACCAAUCAGAUCACGGCAUUGGGGUAUGCUUAUACCAAUCAGAGCGUCAGGGUACUGUCCCUUAUGUCAUGGAUUUAUGGUGUCGAAAAAGUGUCCCAAGGUUGACCAGGAGCUUAUUACUAAUGGUCUGCUGCGCACACUGGGAACCACAUCAAUAAAACAAUCAAUUAAUACAUAUCAAUGAAAUAAUUUAUUCUUUCGUGUGGACCUCGUCGCUAUGAGCUGUCGGGGUUACAAAUGUCGGCAGGGAAUUUUUCUACCAUUUAAAAGUUAAAAAAUGUUUUGUGUAUCGCUCCCUCACGUACAACGCACAAGCCGUCAGCAAAAGGUCUCACACGAAGUUAUCAUGGGAGCGUUUGUUUUGGAUGACCCAGGUAAAAAUUGCUCAAAGCAUUUUCAUAACGUAUAUUUGAUCGAUAAUCUUGUUUUAGCCUCAUGAUGUCUCUUUUGGCGAAGGUUGAAAAGAUCAUUAAGUUAUAUCUACUUUCUGUAUCGACUGCCAUGUUAAAUUUUCGUGUCUUUGCUUUUAAAAGUUCUCCAUAAAUUGCAUCUUUUUUAACCAGUAUUUUCCCGAUACAUUACGUGUUUAGUUGUAUUUAUUGACUAAGAUUUCUGAGACGAAUGUCAUUUUCCUGUAAACAAUCAAAAUUUUUUACGACAUAUUCCUAUCCUACUGAAUAAAAGUACAAUUGGAAGUAAAUGCUACUGUUAGUCAAUUUUCUUCGCAAUUCUCACGUGAUAGACGUUUUCUACUCAUCAAAUUCGCGUUUAGUUACCUUGGACUUCACCUCAUCGAGUGCCAAUUCCUUGUAAACAACCUGCAUUUUAUCACGCAUUUUUAUUCAACCAAACAGAGGCCCACAUAGACGCCUUUAAGUGUGAUACUUUCUCUUCUUUCAAUACAUUUUCACUUGUUGGAAGAACGGAGACCUUAAAAUAGCUUCAGGUAGAGACUAUUGAAAAUGAAGUAGAAUUUCGGUUUGCCUUGCAUAGAAAAAUUAAAUGGAAGAAUAUUUGUAAGGCAGUGAGUUGCCGGUAAUCGACCUUGCAUGCGCACAAAGAUUUCUGGGAUCGCGACGGGGUAAACGUUGCAGGGUUGUUUCGACCGAGAAACGGCUUUGGAGCUAGAUCAACUAUCAUCGCUAUUUCGCUACUGUUUUAUCAGAAAUAGCUCUAGCUAAAGCUUAUAUGAGGGAAGCGUAAGUUUUUGUUCGAAUAACUAUGAAAUAUUUGUUAAAACCUACCGAUAAACUUUUCUCCUCGCAUGUAUGUGUAAGGUUUAUUGUGAGAGUUAAAUUAUUUCACGAGUCAAGUUCGAAUCAACUUAAAUUUUUCCCUUCUUUGUAAAAUAACAUCGUAAGGUAAUACACUGUUAUUGUAACCGCAAAAGAAUUAAAACAAAACACACAAACCUGUUCGUACUUUAGUUGAAACAGCUUAUUUCAUCUGUUUCGAUUUCAUCACAGGCAAAAAUUCCUCGCAUUCUAAAUUGUUGCUAGGCGCUCCUAGACCUCUCUCUAUCGUACAGAAUUGUUGCAAAGUUUACAAAACGUUUCAAAGGCUGUUAUUGUCCGUUAGGACAUAUGUGAACCCUUGUGAUAACCACAACUGCUGCUCCGAUUACUCGUUACAACUUUCCACUUCUUUGUACAUGCAUACAACUCGGCGCAUAUCAUACUUUACGUAUUCCACACAUAAUAUAACAUGACUCGCUCUGAAAAUUUUGAACAAGAGAAACCUGUAUAUCACGAGAAAAACAAGAAAAUUAAACAUUAUCAUUUUGAUGAAAAAAACGUUUGAAUUGACUCGAACUUGAUUCAUAAUAUGGUAUAACUUUACACACAUAAAUAGAACUGGAAAGACUUAAUUGAAUUAUUUCCUGGCGAUUUAUGGCUAAUUUUGGAAUACUGCAAGACCAUCACGCGAUGAUGAUUUUAUCAUAAACCUUACGCAAGGAGAGAAGUUUAUCGGUAUGUUUUCUUACAUAUUUCGUGGUUAUUCUGACAAAAAGUUAUACUUCCCUCUUAUCAGCAUCAUCCUCGUCCAUUUCUGAUAAAACAGCGGCUGAAAAGCGUUAAUCUAUUUCCAAAGUUGUUUCUAGAUUGGACGUUGAAACAACCUUUCGCCACACAUUUCCUUCUGGCAACUUGCAAUGUUUUCCCCGUGGUGAUCCCAGAAAUCUUUGUACAAACACUAGAAUCCGAUUACUGGCGACUCAUCCAUAGGAAGGCCUUUUUUUUUGCUCUCCAUCCCCCUCCCCCCCCCAAAAAAAAACAAAAAACAAAAAACAAAAACUAAUAAUAACUAUGGCACGAGUGUUUUCCUUUGCUUCUUUCCUUCCGUGACCUAGCGUUCCCGUUGGAUCAUGGGUACCGGUAUUGUUAUCAUGGCGGCGAAUUUGUUUCGAAAAUGUUUUUGAACUAAACGAGUCAAUUUUACCGUAAUGACAGAUUUUUGAAACUGUCGUGAACGAAGUUGAUGUUCAACGCUAGUGGAGUAUAAUUAACGAAGUCGUUUAGAGAAUUAACUCUUCAUCAAAACUUCAAUCGGACCAAGCCGAGUUCAUUUGAGCGAUGGAUUAUGCCGCAAGUAACAGCUCCGAACUCAAGGUUUUUUUCGCGAAGUCUCGAUCGCCUACAUGUCGCUCAACUGAAGAGGCCGACAGUCUAACAGAGGACAUACUUCAGCCUCUAGUCGCUGGAGAUGAAUUUGAAGAAGAAGAGUUCGAAGGUAACACGGAUAUUUUUUUUUCGAUCGUGAAAGUUAUCCACGUCACAGUUUCAGCUUUACGCCAAAUGAACUUUACAUCUUGUAUUUUUUUUAUUAGCAAAAGUUUGAGGAAGUAAAGUAUUUUCUCGUAUAUAUUCCACAGGAAAGUAUUAUUUUAUGUUACAUAUGUUCUGAAAUCAGUUUACUACAAUUAAAUACCAAGAUACCAAUUAUGCUAGAUUAGUAUGGACAUUCGGCUUAAUACCGUGUUCCACUGACGGAUGUGAUCAAUAUCAGGUUUACUUUGUUUAUUUUGUUUAAGUUAAGAAAAAAGAGAUUCCAUGUGUAUCAAUUCAAUCAGAACAGUGAAACUGAGUGCCAUUUAGAGUUAAUGAAUACCUGAAUCUCUCUCUUGUUAUGAACUACUGAAAUUUGGCACUUCAAAUUUCAGAAGUAAUUUAUUUUAUUUUUAAUCACAACCAUCACAUAAUUCAGACAAACUUCAGUUAAUCAGGAGUCCUGGUAAAACCUUUUUCUAAAGUCGCCAUUAGCCAACCUAAAAUCAUAGGAUAGUCGCCAAAAGAUGUAAUGGCGAAAAAGUUUUCCCACUCGCCAAUUUGUGACCAAAAUGUUCGCAACUUGGAGCACUGUUAAUCGUCUUGAGAAUCCCAGAUUGAAGAGGGGUUGUUAAAUGUUAAAAUCAUCCAUGUGCAAGGCCCCAAAAUCUGAGAAAACUAGAGACUAAAAUAUUUUCCCAGACACUGUAUAUUAUUUUAAUUCAUUAAACCAUCGCUUAAAUACUCAGAUUAUUGUUAGGUACCAUUAAAAACAGGAAAAGUAGUAUAAGAGUUGUCAAACUCUCUUUUCAUUUUGUUUCUCCCAAAUUUAAGUUUCUAUCUCACAACAUUACCAUUAAUGAAAUUGUUCAUACACAGGCUUUUGUCCUCAUAAAGUUGACUUUUGGCUUAAUCAGCUUCAGACCCUUAGGUCUAUUAAAUAGCCUGGUUAUACUAAAAAACCUUUUUAAUGGAUACAUUUAAGGAAAGGGAAAUAUUUUUAACUUCAGGUGCAUGAGAAAAAUUAGAUGCAAAUACAGAUUUAGCAGUUUGGAAACAGGAAAAUUAUUUUGCCCCAGGCUUCCAAAACUUUAAAAUUAUCUUGCCCAGACUAGCCUGCAUGGAAGCAAUCUUGACUAGUUUCCAUGGCAGGCAGUGUGUCUGCUGAAGCCAGCAGAAAAAUUUUCCAUGUAUGUCAGGCAAAACUGCCAUUUAUUUUCUCUGAAAUGAAAAAACAUUAGAGUACAGACUGAGCUUCUAUAAGCUGCCUACAUACAAUUUAUGCCUUCUACUUAAAAACGCAUUAAUUAACAUCUGCAUUGCACUAUGUUAAAAAUAUUUCUUAGCAACCAUGGCUAAUUUAUAACAAUGACUGAUGAUAAAGUUGGAAUAGAAGAGCUACAAGUAAAUCAUAGGAAAAAAAGCAAGAGACUGGAGGAAAUUGGAAGGAUGAGGAGAAAGAGUUUUUGAUCAUUUUAUAUGAGUACAUGUACAAAGAUGUAUUUGAAAUGUACUGUGUAAUUACAUGUAUGUAGCUCAUGAUGACUACAUGAAUAAGUCCCACUAGUAACCUAGACAGAAUUUCUCCAUUAUCAGUAUGAUAUCAAGCAGACAAGUAAUAGGAAUAAACUAAAAAUAUCAAUCAGGGGAUUAUUGGUCAAUCCAAUGCCAAAUUCUCCAAACUAACAUCACAUAAAUUGUAUGGCAGACAGUAAGGAGAAUUAUUUGUGAAAUCUUGGGAUUUAAAGGGUUAAAUUGGUGAGAAGAUGUAGGAAUGAAACGGAUGGAAAAUUUUGAAUUGAGGUCACAAUUGAGUGAGACAAAAAUAUGAAAAAACAAUUCCUCAACUUGUUAAAAAGAGGUAAUUUUUUUAAUAAAUGCAACAAUGACAAAAUUUUUCAAAAGAGUGUUUUCUUGAUUAGCUUGAUUUUCUUUGAAUCCACCCAAUUUAAUCACCUGGAAAACAACAAGAAUCAGUGUUUGUGCAGCUAUAUUAACAAGUGAAUCCAGGCCUUUAGAACUUUAAAAGAAAUGAAAAACUUUGAGACUUGUAGGAAAUGUGUACAAUGUUUUGAGACUUGAUGAAAAUUUUGGGAUAUGUGCAAUUUUUUGUGUUAUUUCUUACCAACAUCUUUUAUUUUCAGCCAAGAGAAAUAGUUUAUUUUUCCUGAUAAAUUGGAUUUUGUAUAUUAUAAUGUUACUUCAGAGGUGGAAGUUUUCUAUUGUGCAUAUUAUUAACUAAAUAUGCAGAUUAUUUUUCAUAUCCUGGUAUUUUUAUGUUCACUUUUCAUGUAUGUUUCCUUACCGCACUGAACCACAGUUAGGGUACAUAUAUGCCAUUACUUUUAGCUUGUAAAGAAUGUGAAAAAUACCCUUUUUCUGCUUGACAAGUUGGGGUGUGUGUUUUUUUGAGAUGCAUGUUUAUUUGAGAUUUGAUAAAUGCAUAUAUCUUAAUUAUCUUGUAAUAUCUCAACUUGUACUGUAAGUUAUGGUCAAGACCCUUGCUUUAUCUGCUCAGAUUUGUGGUCAGUGGGCUUCCCAGUUCAGGGCCAUAAUUUUAAGCAAGAAAAUUGAAGUUCCUUUGUAAUUUUAUAACUUGAGUAUCAGUGGUAUAAAUUUGACUUAUAAGCUUGCUUUUUAAAUUUGGAAUUCUUCAAAUUGAAAAUUAUGUUUAUGGUUUCUAAUUUGGAGGUCUGUUCCUGGAAAAGAUGUUUACAGGUAUACACAUAUCACAGAUUCAGUUGUGAAAAGUAUUCAAAUUGUUAAGAUUUCAUGAUUUUUUUGUUCUCUCCACAGGUUCAGGGGAAAUAACUUAUACACUAUCUGAAGCAGUGGAGAAGAUUGGCUUUGGAAAAUUUCAAAUUAAAAUGUUGUUAAUAGUUGGCUUUUUCACAGUGAGUACAGUUCCUUAAUAAAUUACAACCUAUGAAAUUAUAUGAUUUAUGGUAUUAUCAAUAAAGGGCAAAAUUACUGAGCGCUGAUUGGUUGAGAGAGAGGGCAUUUUUUCUUAAUCGAGGGCAUUUUUAGUAAUCAAGAGAGGGCAUGAUUACCUUGUUCAGUUAAAAGCACUUUGUUGUUUUUCCGUUGGCAGAAACGCUCUGUUGAAAUGAGCUUUGUUUUCUAGACUUUGGCAGUGUAUCACGACACGGUUUUGGAGAAUAAAAUUUCAUUGAAUCGAUUGGUCAGUUCAAUUUGAUUGAUGAUUUGCCGUAGCGCUAAACAGGCUUCCCAGAUAAAAAUAGACUGUGUGCGUGAUUUUCCUUCGUAUAAAUUUUGCCCUUUAUUGAUAAACAAGUAAUCCCAUGAGACCUCAUACUAUUAAGGAUUAAUUGCACUUGAGUUUUCAAAAUUUUCCAAAUUGCCCUCGUCGCUUUGCGACUUGGGCAAUUUUGGAAAAUUUUGAAAACUCUCAUGUAAUUAAUCCUUAAUAGUACUUGGCCUCAUGUGAUUACAUAUACUUAUUAUAUUUGUGGCAAAAUUACUGAAUGAUGAUUGGUGUAGACAGUGACAGCAUUUUUUUCUGAAUCACAAGGGCUAACAGUUGGUAAUCAAGAGGGCAUGAUUACUUGAUGCUGAUUGAGCCCAUCAGUAAGUUGUGUGGUCAUAAUCAUUUUAGAUUGCUGAUGCCUUGGAAAUGAUGCUACUCUCUAUUCUUGGGCCAACAAUACGUUGUAUAUGGCACCUUCCAGCUUGGAAAGAGGCCAUGGUUACAACUGUAAGUUUCAGACCUUUACCUUGUAUCAACAAAAUAAUGUAUUUAAUACUUAAACCCGCAAAUUUUAUUCUUACUUGCCUCAGCGCACAACAUUCUCCUACAGCAAUGAAUAACUGGCAGACUUCACCUUUUAUGAAAACCAGAGAACUUGUUUACAAAGAAACAAAAUUGUUUUUCAUACUCAACAUUCAUGCAUUCUCUUUCAUUGGUAUGAUCAUGUGAGAAUUAUGCCAAACUAAAGGGGGUAGUGAUUGAUGAGUUCAAAUGUGGCAGGCAGUAUUGCCAAAGCUAUGCUCUGAAGAGGAUGGAAUGCUGAAGACUCUUUGGCCUACAUGUACUGGUACCCUCUCCCUUCCCCUCCCUCCCCCCCCUCCCCCUUGGUGAAACAGAAGGGAGGGAAUGUCUAUGAAAACCUGACACUGAUCGUGUUCUAUGAUGUCAACCCAAUCUAUGCAAAAUUAUGUUCACUUCUGUUUCACCUUGGGUUAAAGACUUUUGUCUAAGAUACUUAGUUGUCCGGCCCUUGAAAACUACAUGUACUUUGAGUGCUAAGUUUUUCAUCUAGAAUGCCAAGGCAAAUGUUCAAAUAGGCUGGCCCUGACACCCAGACCAUAUUUGAGUGCUGUUCUCAAAACAGCAAAGGAUACCAAUGAUUAUUCAGUUAGCUACAGUCAUCACAUUAUGAAAAUAAUGUAUCUGGAGUUUUUAAGACAAUCCCUGGGUCAUAAUAGAAUUAUCAGACCAGUAAUAUGUUUUUGAUGAUAUAGUGUACAUGUACAUGCACUCUUUAGACUGGGAUGUUGCAACAAAUGAAUUUGAUGGUGUUUGUAGUUAAUUUUAUAAUCAAGUUAUUUUUAGUGUUAAUUAUAGCAUCACUGAAGAAAUCACGUGUAAGCACUUAGAGGCACUUAGGUUAGUGGAUUUUAAGCUCUCUGAUAUGGCCCAAGUAACUGGUUUGUUCAUCAGUAUGGUAACUAUUGUUAUUAACUCUGUUGAAUUACAGGUUGUUUUUGUUGGAAUGAUGUUUGGUUCAUCUUUCUGGGGAUGGCUGGCAGAUAGAUAUGGACGGAAAACUGUAAGUAAUACAACAAUAAUGAUAAUAUUAAUAUCAAUUUGAUAGUUACUGUAAUUAUAUUUCAUUAUGACUAUUGGUUUAGCACACUGAGUGAGUGGUUACAUAGUGGUUCUGGACUACUUCAGUGCAUCUCUCCACCCAGGAGAGAGGGUGGACUGUCAGAAAAAUCUGACAUAAUACUGGAGGAUGUGGUAGGGGGAGGUUAACCUAGAUGGACUAGAGAGUUCUUACUUGUGUGGAGCAAAUGGCACAUGUACCAGUCCAAGCUCCCCUGUAAUGAGCAGUUAUUAGAUGAGGUGAAUUUGCCUUGAUCUCCAUGGCAAAACUAAAAAUAUUUUUCCUUCACUUGACAAUAUUUUCCUCAUGUUGCCUGAUAGUAUUCUACUGCUGCUACAAUUUGCCUAAAACUUUGCUAAAUGCAUAUGGUUAUUAACUUUAGGUCUCAAUUCAGAUUUUCUUUCCUGUAUAUACAGGUAAUUGUUAUCUGUGCCACCUGGAUAUUUUAUUUUGGAUUUAUCAGCUCUUUUUCUCCUCAUUACUAUUGGAUCAUUGCUCUACGUUGUUUGGUUGGUUUCGGAAUUGGUGGUGCACCAUUAUCGUAAGUUUGAAAAACUGUUACUAAGGAUUAUUUUUGUUACAGUUACUGCUAAGUUGAACAUGAUUAUAUGUUAUACAGUAAAGGCUUUGAACCCAGGGUAGUAAUAGUGUAGUUUGAAGAUGACUUCUGCUCAGGUUGUUGAAUUAUGUUAGCCACCACUACUGACAACAGUCCUCCUGAGGACUACACUCACCCAGACAAUCAAACUAUGCUAUAUCACAUGAUUAUAUCUUAUCGAUCAAUUAUGAGUUCAAGUUAGAUAAUGUUAAUUUAUGUUAUAUCAACACCAGGAUCCAGCUAUUCUGACCAAACAAGAUGUAUAUAAGUCAGAAGAGCCUAUGAUAAUUCUCAAAUCUUGGUAACAAGGCUCACCUGGUUUUUUUUGGUACAAUUGUCUAUCUUUUAAGUAACGUAUUUGUUCAUAGAAAAUUAAAGAAGAAGAAUGGACUUUGUUAAAAGCCCUCCAUUGUCACUGUACUGGUAACAAGAAGAAUUUAAAGUAAUUUAAUUUACUUUUUUCUUUUUGAAAUUUUUGUAGGACAACUCUCCUUGCUGAGUUUCUUCCUUCCAGUGCUCGGUCAUACUGCAUUUUAUCAUUAUCAGUAAGAAUUAUAUCUUCAACCUCAUACUUUCUUUUUUUUUGUUACUGCAAUUAGAUUAAUAUAUUUUUGAUACAUUUUGCAGCUCUUUUGUCAAUGCAUGGUAAUGAUAGUUUGUUUUCAGUGAUUUGUCUGCCUAUAAUGUAUUUCUGAAGUGUUGAGCCUCAUUUGCAUUUAACAAUACCUUUUAUACUACAUGUGCAUGAAGUAAUUGAACAGACCCUUUCAUACUUUUGGAUGUCAUUCAAAUUGGUUGGCAAGUUUAUCAAAUAUUGGCGACAGUUUUUGUAUAAAGAUGUACAAGUGUUUUAAAUUAAAAUUAAAAGAGAAACCUUAUGCCCAAUCAAGGCGAACUUCACCUAGCCAAAUUAUUUGACAGGAUAAAUUCUAAGGUCUUGCCUACUCUGAAACUUGCAUGGUGGAAUUUCUUAAGUUUACUUCCUGACCAAUUUAUGUGAUAAAUAUAUUUUUAAAAUGUAGUUUAAAGGCUCGUUGUCAACAUACUUGAAACUGACUUCCUUUUGAAUGUAUUCCACAGUUUUUCUGGUCGAUAGGAUCAUGUUUUACAGUUGGAAUUGCUAUGGCAGUGAUGCCAACAUUGGGCUGGAGGUGGUUGUUAGGAAUUUUGUCUUUACCUCUUCUGUGCUUUAUUUUGAUGAGUUUUGUAAGUAUUUCAUGUGUCUGUCCUUUUCCAAUAAGAUGAUUAACUAAUUGUUAAAGUUUGAGAAAAAUUGCAUUCAUUUGCUGGUUUUAUUUUUAGGAACAAAUUUUGAAUGCAAUCUUAUCUCCAUCAGUUUCCCUUAUACACAGACUGUAUCAAAUAGUUGUUGCUCUCAUGAAAAGAGAAAUGUUUGGUCCUAGGUCUGAUGCAUGAUCAUCCAGAAAAGAACCACUCAGAUUGUAUGAAGACAUGGUUAUUCAUAUCCCAGUUGCAACAAAUCUGAUAUUUAGGUUACACAAAAAUAAAAAAGGAAAUGCUGUUGAUACCUCUUCACAGAUGCUGACAGGGAAACUACAGUAAGGUGUCUGCGAAAGAAAUGUACAUCUCCUACUAAUUUUGCAAUUUUUAUUUUUUAAUUUUUUUAUCAUUUUAUCAUUCUAGUGGCUUCCAGAGUCUGUUAGAUAUUUAGUAACUGCUGGUGAAAAAGAGAAGGCAUUGAUAAUGCUCCAGAAGGCAGCAAGAACAAACAAGAAAGAAUUGCCCUGUGGAUAUCUCCAAGAUGCAGGCGAGGUUAGUGGAAUUGCUUUAUGCAACAAAUUGGCCACAAUUUUUCUUGUCCAUUUGACAAAUAGAUUUGAUGAGGCAUGCUCAACCAAUGGGCAUGUCAGAAUUUUUACAGUUAUUGUAUAAUUCUUUUUAACUGUUUGUAAUAAUGCUUUGAAUUUUGAAAAUUGUUCAUGCAUUUUAAGUUGCUUGCAUUUGUGGUUUCAAUAAAACUUAGUGCAAAUGGGAAGUUUAGAGUAGCAGGCAUGAAAUGUGAAGAGCUGGAGGCUUUCCUGUUCAUUGGGAAGCCUGGGCUCCAGUAGGAAAUUUCAGAGGUCUGGAUUUUGAGGUCUUUUCUAAUUUACUUUGCGUUGUUGCUCCUAUAAGUCAACCUAAUUGAACAAAUUUGACAAUAAUCUCUUGUAUGUUGGGAGUAAAAUAAGAGACAGGGAGUUAGCUCAUCACUAACAGGUAGAUCUUCUUACCCUGCAGCUGCUACUGUAACAGCUAUUGUUGUUGUUUUUUUUCCUAACAGAAUGGAAAACAAGGAAGAAUUGCAGACUUGUUUAGCCCAGAAUACAGAAAAACAACAAUUCUUCUAUGGUUCAUAUGGUAAGUAUACUUUCUAGGACAUGUGUGUACAUUAAAAUUUUGGUUGUACAUAAUUAUGUGCAAUUGGUAUGGAGCUUGUUAGCCAGUGCCACUCAACUAAGUAACCACCUGUAAUCUAAUAACAAGACGUAAAAAAGGUUACUCUAAUUUGCUUCAUUUGAUUUCAAUGUGGAUUUUAAAAUAUUAACAAGUGUUUUUAUCUGUAGGGUUAAUUUGGCCUUCACAUAUUAUGGAAUAGUAUUAAUGACCACGGAAAUGUACCAAGGGCUAAAUGAAUCUGAAGAAUCUGGUGGUGGAAGCUGUAAUGGUUAGUAGAGAACGUGAAAACCUACAUGAUUAAUAUCCAUUUACUGGUAAUAAACUUUCAAAGGCUCACUUUUCAAGAGAACUCAACACAUGAAUGAAUUAGCAAACCUCUCUGUAAAGCAACAAUGAUGAAAUAACGACUCGAGCGUUAGCCCUUCGUCAGAGCGAUUGGAUCGCUCUGACGAAGGGCUAACGCUCGAAACGUCAGCUUUUAAACUCUUUAUGGUGGCCAAUUUACGUUAUCAGCUCAGUUGAUUAUACUAAAUUACCCAGGUUUUACUUUCCCACCGACACAGCAUUACAACGUCUUUAGAAACUUACCCCCUUUAUGGUGAAAUAACCCCAACUUUCUCAGCUAUUAAAAUAUGUACCAACACAGUUAUAGAAAGCAGCUGCCUGUUUCAGACCGUCAUCAUUGAUACAUGUAGAUGCAUAUGUUGGCUCAAUUUUUGCCUCUCUCUUCAGUCCAGUCUUCUCUUUUUGUUUGGAGUAGGACCUCAGGCUUCUCCUUAAGAGCAGCUAAUAAACAUGCAAGUCUAAAAUAACACUCGCUCUGACAAAGGGCUAGCGCUUCAGACGUCAGUUUUAGAAACUCUUUAUAGCGAACAGUUCAUACGAUCAAUUCAGCUGAUCAAACCAAAUCAUCUUGUAAUACACUCCAUCGACACGACUGGUUUCUUUUGAGAGUUUCUCCUUCAAGAUAAGAUUAGUUGCUUGACUCUGUAAGCCAAUCAACAUUGUGAAAGAAAAAACCAGUUACAUGCAGGAAAUUGCUGUUUUUGGUUUUCUACCGAAAAAGAACAGUUAAUCAAAAUAGUAUAAUUCCCCCAAAAAACUGAUUGGUUUAAGUGAAAUACAGUGAAAAACCACUCAUAUGAACCUAGGUUCUUCAAGUUAUAUGAAUGGUGUUUACUGUUAAAUUAGGCUACCUAGGUUCCUAAUCACGUUCUUAAUUUUUAUUUAAAAAAACAGCCUGCUAUAUGCCAGCCUCAUACUGCCCUGCUUUACAUGGUUAACUAGUAUACAGUUGGAUAUAUUACGCAGCUAUGGAUGUAUUGACAGAACAUUAUUGUGGUCUUUUAACACUACCGAUGUUUUGGAUAGUUUUUGUUACCUUUUUGUACUACAUGCAUUGUACUGUAUCAAACUCUACAUACUAAAAAUAAGAAUCUGUGUUGAGAUUUUAGCCUAGAGUGCUUCUUAUAAGAUGGGUGCUUAAAUGGGAAAUUUUGGCCUAACAGGUUUUUAUACGCAGGUUUUGUAGUGCAGCAAGGUAAACUUCAACUGUUCUGUACAAUCAGCUUUUCAAUCAUCUACCCAGAUACAAUACCACUGCUUUGAUAGUUUCGCAAACGCUUAUCCCAUUGCAUGAAUUUGCUACUCGGAAAAUGAUUAAUUAAGGGUGUGUUUACAUUGCAGCCGACAGUAAUUCAGUGAAGAAUCCUGAUUGUGGAUGUCAGCUUCUUACUGUAACAGACUACACAGACAUGAUGUGGACAACACUUGCUGAGUUUCCAGGUACGCUAUAGCUAUUUCCUGGCAAAACUUGUAGCCACAUGUAAGGUAGUUACUUCGCAUAACAUAAACCAUAGGCUCUAGUUGAAAUUGGCAAUAAGGCUAGUAUGAUUAACCAUUUUUGUGGGUGGUACAAUUUAAUUACAUUAGCCAUAUUGCCGUCGUGAGUGGGUGAGUGAAUAAGUGUAGGCCCGCAAUGCAUGCAUGAAUGGCAAGUUUAUGGUUGCUAUCACAUUCACUGUUUUACGCUGUGCAUACUUGACGAAAUGGAUAAAAAUUCUCCUCACGAGCUAAAGGUCUAGUGUUAGAGCCCUUGCUGCAUAAUUUUUCCCUGUAAUGUUUACUCAAAAAUUUCUCAUUUCUUAACACAAAAGUUAACACUAAUUUUAUUUACAGCUUGGUACAUAAACAUGAAAUGAUGAGUUGCUUUUUUUUGAUACAGGUAUCAUUGUAACCAUGCUUUGUAUAGAGAAACUUGGAAGAAAGAAAACAAUGGCUGUACAAUUCCUUCUUACUGCAAUGUGUUACUUUUUACUUUUCAUCUGUUCUGGAAGGUAAUAUUGUAAAAAAACUCUGAUCACAAAUGAUAUACAAUUCUUGGCCGGAAGUGACUUUGACCAAAUUCGCAGAAACAGACCCCUAUUCUUUCUCUUUUAGAACUCUGAUGACUGUUUUUAUAUUUGGGGUCAGAGGAUUUAUAUCAGGGGCUUUUCAAGGAUUUUAUGUCUACACACCAGAGGUAAAUUGUAUUAACCUAUUUACGAGUAUUGAUGAUUCUAUUUGUUUUCAAAACGCGAGAACUUGGUUUGUUAAAACCGAUACGAUGAAAAUAUCAUUCCUCCUUUUUCCUGAAGGGCAAAAUCAGUGGAAUAUUUACUCGUCCUUACGGUUCGUAUCAAAAAUUAAAGCACAAACAGAUCAGUAAAUGUUCGGUGAUACUAACGCGACUUAACUGGUAAUUAGGCGCACUUCUUGAACCCUAGAAAACCUUACAAGAGGAUAGAAAGGACGCCUGCUUCAUUUACUCGACGAAUUAUUUGCCCGUACGGGAUUUGAACCCAUGACCUUUGCGAUACCGGUGUAGUGCUCGACUAGCUGAGCUAACAAGAGAACUGGGAGCUGGUCAUUAUGUUGGUUCCAAAUAAACCCUUGAAGUGAUGAAAAAAUGACUGCAGGAUAGCGAAAUGAAUAUGAAAGCGAUCUUUGGAGAGCACUGCACCGGUAUCGCAGAGGUCAUGGGUUCAAAUCCUGUACAGGCCUUAUUUUCACUACCGCUUAAGUAGUGUUCAGUACUGGAAAGAAGGCUUUCAUAUUCAUUUCUCUAUCCGCAGAUCACAUACAUCUUUUUCAUAUAUUCACAGUCAUUUAAAAGUCUUUCAAACGCAUACCGAUUGGUUACACAAUCAGAUUAAUAGUAGAUGGCGUUUCAUAUUUUCCUCUUGCCUUUUUUUCUCACUGGGGCUUUUUUCUAAUUGGAAGAUUCACUGCGUGAAACCCUCUUACCUAAAACAUCUCAAGAAGUAAAAACGUUUUCUUCGCUUUUGAAAUUUUCCUCUUAAAAUCUUAUUUUGCCUCAGGAUAGCUCAAUUGCUGUUACUAAUUCUGCUAUUCUUAUUGUGUGACACAAAUAACAAAAAUGUCGUGCAUUUCGCAAGGCCAUCAUGAAGAUUGGAUGUGCCUUGGGCAAGGAAGCGUGCGGUUUGAUGGAGAUUGAUUUGAUUCCUUUUUGGCCUUCCAUCCCUCCUUAUUUUCUUCCCGAUUGGGGACGAGUCAAAAGUAGACACACAUAGGUCAUGAAUAAUGUUUUUACCUUUGAUGUUCCUUGGAUAACAGGUUUAUCCCACUGUGGUUCGUGCCUUGGCCUUGGGAUGUUGCAGCGCAAUGGCACGUAUUGGAGCAAUGGUGACGCCUUUUAUAUCACAGGUAUGGCGUUUAAAUUCAUCGUAAGUAAGAUGCUGAGAUGCUCCUGCUCUAUGACAGUCAGUUUUUCAUCAGUGUUUGUCGAAACAUUAUCGUUAUGUCAAUACCUCAGCAAUCUCAAGGAAAGUGCUACGGUUUCAAGGGCUUGUGAGAAUUCAAGGUAAAAACUAAGCUGAUUGUGUGAAUUGGCCACCGUAAAGCGAUUCUGAAGCUGUCGUUUCGAGCGUUAGCCCUUCGUUAAGGAGAAUCGACACAGUUUCUGUACCAAUUGCGGCCGUUUUGUAAAGGUCUCAUUUGACACUAAGAUGAACUCGCAUGGUUCCAGGUUGUUUACGGCGACUCGGUUUUCAAAUCAAAGUUGGCGGCGGAGAUCCUUUAAACAACUAUCUUGGCUUAAAAUAAUGAGGACACAAGUUACAAUACUGAUAAGUAAGAACGUGGAUCUUGGCUUAAUCAUAAUCACGUGUUCUUGUGUUGUAGGUGCUGCUUAGAGUUUCACUACGUUUGGCAUUAGGUGUUUAUGGUGUGACGUCAUUGGUCUGUGUGGCAUUCACUCUUAUGUUACCGAUUGAAACUACAGGAAGACCCAUGGUGGUAAGUUUUUGA